GUUUGGUCUUCCGUGGUACUAUAUCGUGAUACGCCACUGAGGUAGCAUCGAUUGGGGAUGUUUCCAUUCUUGGACCAUUUAGCUCCCGGCUCUAACCAAAGUGGUGAUGGGGAGUGGCUGGGUCCCUUGCUAAGGCAAGGCACUGUUUAGCUGCCCUUCCUGACCUGUACGAGAGAAGAAGACGAGGGGAGGUCCGAGAGCACCUGCAGAGUUAGGUAGUCGGUACCUUUGAUUUCCCCUCUGUUCGGCAGUAGCUCCAAGUCAUGCAAGGUCUCAGUGGAAGCACAAAUAGAAUGGAAGGGAAGGGAGCUUAAAAGUGGGACGGCAAUGGGCUCCAUCACCGGAUCUCUAAAGGACACCGUUGUACAAUCAGACCCGACCCUAAUCUAAGCCAAUCCGAUACUACCAUACUGCUCUUUUUCUCUAUUCGACUCGUCUCGUCUGAGCUGAGGUCAUCGCCUGCAAUUGAUUCACAAAGGACAGCUCGCCUCGUCUCGUUCCUGUUGUCUUGCCUCUCCUUGCCCUAUUUCUCACUCUUUUUACUUUACGUACCUAAAUUUUGUUUGUCGAGCUUCUCAAACAAUCCCCCCAUUUGCAAUUCAUCUGCUAUUGUCUCUGGUCGAAUCAAACGCCCUCAAUCUAAUUCCACCAGGCUUCACCAGCUGCCCCAAGUCUCCUUCUCUUCCGCUUCACGACGAUCACCGACUUCCACUCCUGGGAAGCCUCGCCCUGUUUCGUCUCGCCCGUCAGCAGGUCUGCACGUGAAACAAGCUUCCACCCGACACGAACCUCUACAUAAAGCAAUGUCCCAGCGAUUCAACUCAGGCUAUGGCCUCGGUGGCCCCGCGCCUUACGGCGGCUCCCAGGCUGCUGAUCCUCAGCAGGGUGAGGGCUUUCUUGAGCAGAUUCGUCCCUAUACUAGCAAGAUUGAGGAUGCGCUCGACACCAUUAGCGAGCCUAUCAAGCCGUGAGUCGAGCGACGUCCUUUAUAAAUGCCUUUGGAGCUCCGAGAGCUGACCAUUUGCCCUCUUUGACAGCUACCUUCCUGCCAUUGGCCGUUUCCUAAUCGUCGUCACUUUCUUCGAAGAUGCCCUUCGCAUUGUCACCCAAUGGUCCGAUCAGCUGCUUUACCUGAAGGACUAUCGUCAUAGUAAGAUGCGCAUUGCGUCUCUUAUCCCAGAUGACACCGUCGGCAGUACUGACAUAUGACAGUUCCUUCCGGUAUCACUCAUCUCUUCCUGCUCGUUAACAUUAUCGCCAUGUUCUCUUGCUCUACUCUUGUCAUCAUCCGAAAGCAUUCCGACUAUGCCGUCGCCGGCCUUAUGGGCGUUGUUGUCACACAGGCUCUAGGCUAUGGUCUCAUCUUCGAUCUCAACUUCUUCCUCCGAAACCUUUCUGUCAUUGGUGGCCUUGUCAUGGUCCUGUCAGACUCUUGGGUUCGCAAGACGCAGGUCUUUGCUGGUCUUCCCCAGAUCGAUGAGAAGGACCGCAAGAUGUACUUCCAGCUCGCUGGUCGCGUUCUGCUCAUCUUCCUCUUCAUCGGAUUUGUCUUCAGCGGAGAGUGGUCUCUCUGGCGCGUCAUUGUCUCCUCACUUGGAGGAAUUUCCUGCGUCAUGGUCGUUGUUGGAUUCAAAGCCAAGUACAGCGCCACUCUUCUUGUUGUCAUCCUGAGCAUUUUUAACCUCUUGGUCAACAACUUUUGGACACUCCACGAACACCACCCCCACAAGGACUUUGCCAAGUACGACUUUUUCCAGAUUCUAUCUAUCGUCGGUGGUCUCCUGCUUCUCGUCAACAGCGGCCCAGGCCAGUUCAGCAUCGAUGAGAAGAAGAAGGUCUACUAAGUUCGGGACCAGAACCAGGACAGCAAGCUACGUCCAGUACAGUGGGCGCCAAGGUAUCCGGCGUUGGCAGGGCAUUUCCUAUUUACUACAUUGAGAAGGAAAUUGAUAAGAAAAAGGUGCGAUCAUCUGCAUGAUGGCCGGGCGCGUGAUGUGGUGAUAGUGGAGUGGCACCAGUUUUGGUACGAUAUAUGGAGAUUAUAUAUCUGCCGUUACAGCAUAUCAGACGAAAUGAAUACAUGGAUGAUCUUUACUUUGGUUGAUGUUCAUUUCGCAGAUAGGUUGGAAUGGCUGGCGUCUAGAUUUGUUUUGCUUGACCGGUUGUCGUGGAUUUGAGACAGCCCUAGGGAACAAUUAUCCCAGGUGAUUUGCCGAACAGUGGGCUUCUGUUUGUAUCUCCUUAUAUCAACAUCAACAUUGAAUGGAAACGAAAUCAAUACCUGUUUGAACAAAUGUUGGACUGCAUGUGAUCAUGGGUGUGGUAUCAAAACGGGCAACCAAGUCUCGAACUGCAAGGAAAGGAGAGGUAAAACAAUCAUGUCAUAGUUUUGUUUUUCUCAUCACGUACUGCGCUUUCAUCUCCUGCUAUAAUCCUCCGCGUUGCCAGUUUCACUGUAACCCAGAGUAGCUUACUUACCGAUAUGUCCCGAUCACCCAUUCACGCCCCUUCACCAGGUCACGAAAACGGCAUCACAGAUAAUAGUAGGGCAAAAAGACAUACAACAGCGGGGAUUCGCUG